AUGAGUGCUUUAACAUACAAACUAAAGUGCUUAACUUGCCAAAAAGAGUUCAAAACUAAUCGUGGGUUUUCACGACAUAAUAACACUAUCCACAAAUUAAAUAAACUAUCAGUAGAGCAAAAAAAAAUACCUGUUUCAAUAAUCGCCAAUAUUAAAGGUGAUAUUGUAUAUUCUAUUCAUCGACG